ACACUCAGCGUGCGAGCAAUUCAGUCUUUCAAAUCAGAAUUAAUCCAAGAAAAAAUCAAAAAUGGACUCAGAAGCGUGCGCUUUAAUCUACGAUUUCCUCAUCCAAAAGAAGGAAAAGAUAUUGGCAGAAACCUUUGCCAAAAAAUUCAAGACGACGGGCUUGGGCAAAGGUUCUGCUACAUUGGCUGAAGUUUUGAAGUUGCAUCAAGCUUCGAAGAAUAAAAAAGUUGUUGCAGCACCUGCCGCUAAAAAGGCUGAUAGCUCAUCGGAAGAAAGUUCUGAUGAAGAGGAAGAGGCCCCAAAGAAAGUUGUGACGAAUGGAAAAGCUGCGCCUGUCACAAAUGGCAAAGCCAAAAAGGAAUCGUCAUCGGAAGAUAGCGACAGUAGCGAAGAAGAGGCUCCAAAAAAAGUUGCUACUCCAGUAGUGAAAAAACCCGUCGCUGCGACAAAUGGAAAAGCUAAGAAAGAAUCGUCAUCUGAAGAUAGUUCUGAUGAGGAGGAAGAACCUCCGAAGAAAGCAGCUACGCCCGCAGUGAAAAAACCCGUCGUUCCCGCAAAGAAAGCUGAAUCGAGCUCGGAAGACAGCAGCGACGAAGAAGAAGAAGCACCUAAAAAAGUCGCAACACCCGUAAAAGCUGCUCCAGCAAAGAAACAAGAAUCUUCGGACGAUAGCGAUGACAGUUCUGAAGAAGAAGAACCUCCAGCGAAGAAGGCAACGCCAGCUAAACCAGCAGCAAAACCCGUUGUUGCGAAGAAACAAGAGUCCUCAGAUGAUUCUGAUGAUAGUUCUGACGACGAUGAGCCUCCAGCGAAGAAAGCUGCUCCCGCAGUAAAAGCUUCGCCAGCAAAAGCUCCCGCCAAAAAGGCAGAAUCCUCGUCAGAAGACGACAGUUCCGACGAAGAAGAGGAAGCAAAGCCUAAAGUUGCUGCAAAACCAGCUGGAGUAAAACCUCUCGUUGUCAAGGGAAAAGCAGCUGCGAAGAAAGAAUCCAGCUCCGAAGAUUCCUCCAGCGAUGAAGAAGAAGAAAAACCAAAAGUUGCCGCAAAACCCGCUGAAACAAAAGCUGGCGUACAACCUUUUAAGGGAACAGCAAAGAAAGAGUCCUCAUCGGAAGACAGCAGCUCUGACGACGAAGAUGAGAAGCCAGCAGCGAAACCAGCUGCAAAAGCAACUCCAGUAGCGAAAAAGAAGGAAUCGAGCUCGGAAGAUGACAGUUCUGAUGAAGAAGAAACGCCCGCCGUGAAGCCUGUUGUAAAGAAACCAGCAGUUGUCGCCAAGAAAGCAGAGUCCAGCGAUGACGAUUCGAGCGACGAUAGUGACGAAGAAGAAGAAAAGAAACCCGCAAAGGGACAAAAACGCAAGGCAGAUGAAGAAGAAAAUGAAACUCCUAAUAAAUCGGCGAAAAAGCCCGCUUACAAUAACUUUGUAAAGGGAAAUAAUUUGUAUGAAGAUGAGGAGCCCAAGGACGAAGUCACCGUUGAUGCCGAUGGCGAAGAAUUCAAGAUUCACAAGAAGCGUGACGACAGUUUUAAUGACAGCAAAAAAUCCGGUUUUGCGGGAAAACCCAAAUUUGAGCGAAAUGCUCGCGGAGGACGAGGCGGCGCCAAUGGCGGAGAUCGUAACUCGUUCGGUGGCGGAGAUAAGCCGCAAUAUACGCCUCGUGAUGGCGAUUGGAAGUGCGAAGAUUGCGGAAAAGAUAAUUUUGCACGCAAUAAGGAGUGUUACCGUUGCAAGAAACCCGCUCCUCCAGGCACAGGCGGAAAAUCUUUCGCGCCACGUGAAGGCGAUUGGUCAUGCGACGAUUGUGGCAACAAUAAUUUCGCAUGGAGAGGCGAAUGUCACAAGUGUCAAAAGGCGAGACCGGGAGGCGUUCCUGAAGGCGCAGGCAGAAAAUCCUUCGGAAGUGCAGGCCGAGGACGAGGAGGAGCUCGCGGAGGUCGAGGAGGCUCACGAGGCGGCGGUCGAGGAGGAUUCAACAAGAGUUUCGAAUCGGGCGGCAACGCAAAUAAAAAAAUUACUUUUGAUUAGGACGGAAAUUUAUUAAAACUUGAUCGUAGAAUUAAUGUAGAAGAGAAAAACGCUCGUGGCUCUUUCGGCGAAGCAGCAAACAAUAUCCUCAAGUUUACGAAAGGCAAAUCGUUCCGACAUGAAAAGACGAAGAAAAAACGCGGAAAUUACAAAGGAGGAGCCAUCGAUAUGUCAGUGAAUUCUAU